UUCUCAGCACAGAUAUGAGUGAGUUCAUACUUAAGCUGUGAAGGCAUACUGGGUAACACAAUGUGCAGUAUGACAUCAUAGUGACAUUUUAAGUAGCAUGAAACUGUUUAAUAUCUUGGUCUUACCCACCAUGAACAUUAUAAGUGAGAGAGAGCCAUUCUGAGUUGUAGCUUAGUUCAUCGUUUGCAGAAGUAAUUUGUUGUAUCCAUAUUUGAGGAUCUUUUCUUUCCAGAAGGAAGGGAACCUUGUUAUGUGGCCGUGGAGGUAACACUCUUCUCCCACACGAUGUAAUCAAUGAAUUCCCAGAAUAUGGGGUUGCGGAAGAAGGGGCCAAGACAUUGCAGAAUCAGGAAGAGGCUAUAAUGUGUACUUCAGAUGGACAGCUAGGUGACCAGCUGCUUCCUGGGCCUUCUGAGAAUGGCAGUCCUGGAGACAGAGUGGCACCGCUUUUUGAGGGGCUGCAGAUAACAUCCAGAGAAAAAGAACCCGCUCAAACAGUGGGCAAAGUGAGUGAGAUGACAAACGCUUCUGCAUAUUUAGAAUCUGGAAAGGCACAGGAGGGAGAGAAUAAUGCUUUUGGUUCAGAGAUGCAAAUGGAAAAAGAGAGUGAGGCUGGCAGAUUGAUUGCAGAGGCAGCCAGAGAGACAGUUCUUGCGGGCCAAGAAAAAUCAACAGAAAUGCCUCUUCCAAUUGAAGGAGCAGCAGAGAGAAAAUUGUAUUGGAUCACAGAAGAAGACUCUAUGGUCUUGACUAUGGAAGUACAGCCGGAGACCCUGCAAACUGCUGGUGGUAGAACUGAGGAAGUCCAGAAUAUGUGUGAAACAAGUAGGUAUAUGCCUUUGGCAGGACCAGAGAGCAAAGACGCGGGCACCGAUGGCAUUCUUAGGGGUGCCUGGGCAGACUUUGAGCGGGUGUUUUCUGAGCUUGAUUCAAAAAAAUCAGAAAGAACCCCUGAGAGGAGGCUGUCAAAAGAAGCAGCUGUGAGCAAACAUGUGGAAUUUCAAGGGGUGGAGAUCCAUUGGAUACAAAAAUCAGAGGAGCAGAAGAGCAUGGAGCACUCUGAGGUUGGUAAUGCAGAGAGGAGGACAAUCUCUAGUAUAUCAGACUGCCAUAUUCCAUCCACAGCCUUGCCAGAAUUAGCUGGUUGGUCUGAGAGACCUUGGAAUGUGUCUUGGGAAAACAUCAGAUCCUCAGCUUCCUUGGCCAAAGAUGAAGAGGAUGAAGUCUUUGUAACAGAAGAAAAGAACUGUGUUCAUGAGCAGCCAUCUGUGCAAGACAAAGACAGGCUAAUGGAGGAGGAGGAAGACACUGUCAGUGGGAAAGUGGAAGAUGUCCUUGGGCAACCGCAUUCUGAAGUCUCAACAGAUGUGUACAGUUCACAGUUUGAAAGUAUUCUGGACAAUGCGUCUUUAUAUUAUAGUGCCGAGUCGCUGGAAACUUUAUAUUCUGAGCCUGAUAGUUACUUCAGCUUUGAAAUGCCACUGACUCCAAUGAUCCAGCAGCGCAUCAAGGAAGAUGCUCAGUUUUUAGAAAGGACUUCUGAUGCGGUGAUCAGGAAAGGCCAUUGUGAUGGGGUUGCCAAUGGACCAGGAGAUGUGAGGGAGACAGACAUCACAGAAACUGAUUCUUUGGAAAGCAAUGCAAGACUGGAAUGUUCAGUACCUCCAGAUGCCAUAGGGGACAUGGGAACCAAUGAUUUUCUGGAAAAAGAAGUUCAUGAACAUUUGAGUCAUGACUUCAUCAACGGUACUACCAAUGGCAACGUGGAAGCUGCUAGGAGGUUGGCAAAGCGGCUGUAUCAUCUGGAUCGAUUCAAGCGGUCUGAUGUAGCAAAGCAUUUGGGAAAAAACAAUGAGUUCAGCAAACUUGUAGCUGAGGAAUACCUCAAGUUCUUUGAUUUCACAGGCCUCUCUUUGGAUCAUUCCCUCAGGAUCUUUUUUAAAGCCUUUUCCCUCGUUGGAGAAACUCAGGAAAGAGAGAGAGUUUUAGUUCAUUUCUCCAACAGAUAUCAUCACUGUAACCCAAAUACUAUUUCCACAAAAGAUGGUGUCCAUUGCCUCACGUGUGCAAUUAUGCUGCUCAACACUGACCUCCAUGGCCAUAACAUUGGCAAAAAGAUGUCUUGUCAAGAAUUUAUUGCCAACCUUCAGGGAAUGAAUGAUGGCAAAGAUUUCCCAAGGGAACUCUUGAAGGCUCUCUACAAUUCAAUCAAAAACGAGAAGCUUGAGUGGGCAGUAGAUGAUGAAGAGAAGAAAAAAUCACCCUCAGAUGGAAGUGAUGAGAAGGAUAAUGGAACUCAGUCAAAGACUGUCAAUCGGAUUGGCAAUUCCAGCAAUCCUUUCCUGGAAAUUCCUCAUGAUCCUAAUGCCGCUGUGUACAAAACUGGCUUCCUGGCACGUAAAAUCCAUGCUGAUAUGGAUGGAAAGAAAACUCCACGAGGGAAGAGAGGUUGGAAAACCUUUUAUGCUGUUCUUAAAGGCACUGUGCUUUAUUUACAAAAGGAUGAAUACAAGCCAGAUAAGGCUUUGUCAGAAGAAGAUCUUAAAAAUGCAGUCAGCGUGCACCAUGCAUUAGCAUCAAAGGCAACAGACUAUGAGAAGAAGCCAAAUGUCCUGAAGCUCAAGACAGCUGACUGGAGAGUCCUGCUUUUCCAAGCUCAAAGCCCAGAAGAAAUGGAAUCAUGGAUCAAUAAAAUCAAUUCGGUGGCAGCUGUUUUUUCUGCCCCACCGUUUCCAGCUGCUAUUGGAUCUCAGAAGAAAUUUAGUCGCCCUCUUUUACCAGCCUCCACAACCAAAUUAUCUCAGGAUGAACAGCUGAAAUCACAUGAAAGUAAGCUAAAGCAAAUCUCUACAGAACUGGCUGAGCAUCGGUCCUAUCCACCCGAUAAGAAACUUAAAGGCAAAGAAGUGGAGGACUACAAACUGAAGGAUCACUAUCUGGAAUUUGAGAAAAUCCGCUAUGAAACCUAUGUGUCUCUCCUCAAAGAAGGAGCAGGAAAAGAAUUGCUGAGCACUAAUGAGAAUGAUGGUCCGGGACUGAAGAAAUGCCACUCAAGCCCCUCGUUAAACCAGGAGUCUCCUGUUAGUGCCAAGGUGAAGCGCAACAUCUCCGAGAGGAAGGACUAUAGACCUGAAACGCCCAGUGUCAAGCAGAAGGUUACUUAGGGCACCUGAGGCAGGCUGGAGGAAUAACAUCUCUUUCUCUUUAAUAACCUGUCCUUUGCAAAAUCAAAACAAACAAAAUUAACACAUUUGCCUAAAUGGGGUGUUAGUUCCAUUUUCAAUUGUAAAUUUUGUUGUUUCUGUACAGGUUGUUGGAGAUGUUUUGGCUUCUGAUUUGCAUUUGCCUAGUUAAUUUAUCAUAGAGCCAUAGAGCCAUUUCUUUUUCUAAAUAAGUAAAAAAAGGUGGGGGAGCAAGGAGUGGACGGGGAGAAAUUUCAUGAUAUAUUUCUCUAUCUCUCUCAUCUUUUUCGCUUCUUUUGUGGGCUUGUGAUUUUCAUCUCUCAAGUCAUCUGCUGUUUUUCAACAGCUGGGAAAGAUACUGGACAAAUUGAAGCAUACUUACUUGUUUAGUUUUGUAAAGGCAUUUACCAAGAUGGCAUUGACUCACUGUAAGAGAAACUAGGUAAAAAAUGCCAAGUUUGGUGACGAUAUAUGAAGGGAACGCUGUUAGUGACUAAACUGAAGAAUGAACAUUUGUUGUAAUCCCUGUGUUUACAACCUAUAAGGGACUGGAAAGUGAUGGCUGGAUGUUUUUAAAAAAAGCAAAACAAAAGGCAAGCAACAAAGGGAGUUUUCUGGAUAUAGAAACACAGAAAGACCUGUGGCGGUCAGAAGUGGUUCCAGUCAAAACUGGUCUUGUGUUUUUGUUUGACUGAGAGAAACUUCUGUUCCAUUGACUUCUCUGUUUGAUCGGUGAGUCGCACUACCCUUAAUAGUUCUCAGCAGUGUGUAAUUAUACAUUUGUUGUACAGAAAACUGUAAUGUGUAUUUAUUUUUCAUUGACCUUUUGAUCCUCCUCCAGAUAUUCAGAUAUGUUCAGGCACUUUAUGGUUGAAUUGCUUGCAACUGGUUGUGUUUCUCUUAAUGCUGGAAAGCCUGAAGGAGCAGCAAGUAAUCAGUUGCCUUCUCUAACUUGAAGUCAGGGACCGUUACAGAAACACUCUGUAAAACAAGGGAAUAUUUCUUCCUAGAAGAAAGCAAAAUUCUGACUCCAUUCCAACAACCCUGUGCCAGCCAGCAGAUCUCUUCAAUCAGAAAUUUACCCACCAUAGAUAUGUUAUCCCCAAGUCUAUUUCCUGUCAUCAUGGGGGGGAAAAAACCAUGGGCCAAAAACAAGAAAAGCUGUACUAUUAUUACUACUUCUGUGUUGGCUUCAUUUCCCUAGCAUGGGAUAGCAUUCCUUUUGAAGCUUCUUCAAAGUUGAUGAAGAUAAAACAAUGACACUCAGCAACUCACCCAAAACAAACAAAGAAAAAUUAAACAGCCUGAGCAAUGUAGAGAUUACAUCAUAGCCGAAGUCCACAAGGGAUGCACUACUGAGAAUUAAAACUCUUGGAAGUAGUAAAGAAUUGAUUUAUUGGACUCUAGAACUAGGAGCUCAGAGACUGGGACUAUGAUUUCUGUAUGCUGCUGAUGCAAGGGUGGGGGAGGGUUGCAUUCUCUGCCACCCAACCAGCCAGGACAGAUGGGGCAAAGGGGUGAGUUUCCCUAAUCCCUAGACGUUAUCUGCCUUAUAGAAGGGCAAAAGACUAAGGUGACACAUUUUAGAACUCUGAAUCCAAGUAAUACAUUGUGAAUACUAAACUGAAAGCUGUCUUCAAUUAUAACACGGUGCAAGUGCAUUUUGGGAUACCCUCUCUCUGUGGUAAAAUUCUUGCAUGCCUGGCAUUGGCCAUGAAGAUGGGAAUCAAUUUGAAAUGACCCCACAGAGCCGUAAGUCAAGGAGUCAGAAACCUUUUCCCCUCCAGAUGUUGUGUAGUAGAAUUCUUUGCCAGGGCUGUUCUGGCUGGGGUUUCUGGGAGUUGUAGGACACAAAUUGGGGGGACCCAAACUGAGAGGAGGGCUAAACUGAGAAUGGGGACCUUUACUGCCUGCACUUUUUUAGAGCGCCCUUCUGCAAUCCUUGGAGAAGCAUUGGAGCUCUGCAUUGUGAAGGAUAAAGCAGUCGUUAAGACAGUUGGGCUGACAGUUACUGUGAGAAUGGAUGGCACCCAGAAGAGUGGUGUUUAAAAGACAGUGGCUUCCGCAUUGUUCUGCAGUAGCUCAUUUUUCAUCCGUCGUCUAGAAAGCCUGCAAACUGUCCAGUCAUAUUGAAAUAGGAGAGACAGCAAUAAAGUGACAGAGCUGAUUAACAUUGUCUGGAAAGAAAGAAUGACCUUGCCCUCAGUGGUGUGCAGGAUGUGGCUCUCUCUGGUGAAGCAGAUGGGGGAAAGUAAAGUUGCCAUAGAAGGGCUGAGAGGAAUCUCCCAAGAUGUUAUGGUUGGCAUGGGAUGGAGGUCAGAAUCAAAGGCAAGAGAGAAAUCAGUUUAUUUUAUGGACAAGUGUGAUACUCUAACAUUGUAUAAAGAUUCUUCCUGUUAUUUUCCAUAGGCGAAUGUAGGAUAAUUUGAGUUAUCCAGGAGACUUCAAUAUUGUUUGGCUGAUAAUCUCUACAUCUGUUUGCUGAGUGUCGUUGUGUAGCAUCUGUAAACUCCAAAACAACUAUUUUCCUCAGAAGUAACUGUAAGAGCAGGUUCUGUUCAUUUUAAAGAGUGCUAUAGGAUGGUACACUCCUUCUUUCCACUGAUAAUACAUAGUCACAAAGUAGCUGACCUCAUACAGCUGAACUGUUACAGGAUGAUGAUAGAAGACAAGGUGGUCUUCUCUCCCCUUAAAGGUAAUUGAACUUUGCAUCAGCUAGGAUUUGGGUAGGGAUACAUAUUGCAGCCAGACUGCAGCUACACCACCCACAUUAUUAGUUUCCUAGAGGAGAGAGAGAGCUCUUUGUUUCUAUGUGAGAGAGACUCCAGUGUAACAGUAUCUGUGGGUUAUUUGUGUUUGUCACAAGGACAUUAGGGCUCUUAUAACUUUGCCACUAUUUUGUGGAAAUUUCAUUGGUGUUGCUUGUCAUGCAAGGUUGGAAAAAAUUGUUCCUACUGUGGAGGUUCUAGGGGUUUGGGCACCACUGAGCCUCUACCUGGCCGCACUGAGCCUGGGCGGCAGCAUCUUCCUGCUAGACCUGUGGUGGGAUUUGAGUGCAGCUGUGUGGGUGCUGCAAGAAGCGUCAGCAACUUAGAGAUGGGAGCUGGAGGCACAGCGAGCCCCUCCUUCACACCCUGGCCAAGCUCAGUGCAAGGUAGACAAGGUGGAGUUGGGGGAAGAUGGGGAAAGGAAGGAUGAUGAUGGAGGAGAAGGAGGGUGCCUUGGGGGCACUCCUGCUGGGAAUGGGGGAGGGGGUACUGUGGAAAGCGGUGGCAGCAGGUCCACCAGUUAAGGGGUACUAUACUUGGCCUGGGUGCUAGCAACCCAUGCUAUGCCACUGGAGAGCCCUGCUCUUGGCUAUGCUGAGUGUUCCUGAGACUCUUCUGGGAGACAAAUGCAAAGCGGACCAUUGUUAGAAACUUAGCACUGGCGCAGUUUCCUGUCUAUGUAUCUUAGAGUCAGAAUGGUUUUGUAUGUUGAGGUGGGAGGACAUAGACCUAAAUACCACUGUGAAUCUUUCUCAGUAGCAGCUGGUAUAUAUUGUUGAUGUGUGGAAAGAACAUUAGCCAGUGGUGGGCAGAGCAGAGCAAGAGUGGCUAUUCAUAUACACAGGAAGGCAUUCUCUUUCGCACAAACAGGCAAGCAUUCACUUAGACAGACACACCACGGACAGAGGUCUUCUGACUCUGGUAAGGUAGCAGAAACGAGUGGAUGGGCUGGGGGUGAUCGUCUGAAGUAGGCAGAGCCUGACUUUCCCUCAUGGGCAAGCCACCACUGGUCCUUCUCAUGGCUGGACUAGUUAUGCAGAAUUAAUAGGACUUUCAAUUUGAUGGACUUACCAAAUUCCCAGUGAUUCAAUGGGCUUGCUCUAAUUGAACUAUGGUUAGGUUUAAGCCUCUGUUUUCAAGACAAUGGUUUUUCUGCAGAUGUGGCCCCAUCACUUGUGAUCAGAUUGUACUGCAAAAUAAUUGAUAAAUAAAUAUAACUGCUUCCUGAUAACUAAAUGCACGAGCCUGGACACAGUUGAAUACAAAAUCCAGAGAGAGAGCCUUCUGUAGACUGAAUUUGUUGUUAAUGGCAUCCCAGAACAAACCCUCUGAAUUGUGUUUGAAUUUUCUCUUUCUCUUGUCCCCUUCCUAUUUUUUUUCCCAAACCCGUUGAUGGGAAAUACAAGAAAGACCACAGACUGAGCCCACUGUGCUUAACAUUACCAUACAGUUCUCUAAAGCAUCUGGGUACCAGCUGGAAACCUUCUGCUUUACUACUGCAUUAUUUCAUGGUGCUUCAAAACACCAAAACAGCUCCCAAGAUGGCUAUUUAAGUUGCACAAUUAAAAGCUUGAUGCACUUGAUGUGUACUCUCAUUCUCAUUGUGUACUAAAAUGAAUACUGAAGCCUUGUUGUGAAUGGCCAUGUCACGAGUAUUGAAACACAGCAUUUUGUGUGCAGUUUUGUUUGUUUGUUUUGAGAAGCCUGGGGUUGUUCUGAUUAUUAAUUGCAAGGAAAAGGCCUAUUGCGGUAAAGGCAGGUGAAGUGUAUGUGAAGGGAAUGUUCAUAAACCUCAAGGGAUCCCUGCAGAGUCCAGUACAUUUCACUGGCUGAAUCCUGACUAGGGAGGGGGCUAACCAGGUUUUGUCUUUACUGCAUGGUUGUCCCCAGUAACAAUCCUUUAAAAUUUUCCCUAUAGAAAUAAGUUUAUUUUUAUUGCAUAUUUGCUUGUGUGGGAAGAGGUGGAGAAUGCACUUGAAGACAUGUUUGAGCUGGAAACAGGCUAAUCCCUCUGCUCCGCCCCUAGCGACACAUUUCCAAUCACUGAAAUCCAAACCUCCCCUCCAUGGCUUUAUCUUGGGCUUCUGUUGCUUGGCCAUAUCGAAACUCAACCAAGAAAUGUAUGGCCCUUUAAAUGAUGUUAAUCUGCAACUCCCAUCAGCUUUAGCCAGCAUAGCCAGUGGUGAAGGGAGUUGUAAUCUGAUACCAUUUGGCGGGAAUUGGCAUUCAAAAAAAGUAAAUUUUCCACUCUCCCUCUAAUACAUUCUCAUCUUCAUCCAAUAGAGUUUUUAUAUAUGAGUUUAAUCUUGUGAAAAUGCAAAUGGUUGGAAGCACUUUCAGAUGCCAGUUACUCCCUGGCAAAUUCACUCAUGCCAGAAACAGAUUUACCCAUGGUCUGUAAGUAGGGCUGAAAGGACCUUUGUGUUGUAGAGAGAUGAUUGAGACAGCCUUUUUGUGUCUGUGGAAUCAGACUCCACAGAAACCUUGUCAAAUCCCCAGGACCACUCACUAAACCAAGCAUAAUCUGCAUAAAUUCAGAGGUGAGAGAAGCUAGUGCUGUGACACUCAACUGCUCACAUUAGUGAAGAUUUAGCCUCUUCGUGUCAUAGGCAAUCUCUAACACCUGCUUCUAGCCUCAGAGAUAAACUCUCUUCUAUAAACUAAAGGAUCUGUUCUACAAAUUAAGUUUAACUAAGCUCGGGAAUGUUUUGGGUUCUCCUUUCAUUCACUCUGAAUAUGUUUUCUUUUAAAAGCAAAGCAGGAAGUGAGGGCAAACUGUUGGUUUAGUAGAAAACAACAUAGUUUAGCCAUUAUUCCAUGGGGUAAUUUGUACACUUCUUACUUUAACCGGGAACAUAACGUCCUUGGACUCAUUAAGCUUCUGGAAGAUAAAAGCUGACACGCUUUUAGCUCUCCCACCCCCUGGCCAUAUUUUGCAGCUUCUACUGCUUGGUGUCUUCCCCAAGAUGAAUUUUUGAUCCAUUUUGAGGAACAACGAUGGGCGAUGGAUUACAUCCACUUAAUUUUCAUUUGUCUCCCACAUUCGGUGUACUGUUGUCAGGAAAGAAACACCGUGUUCUCGUACUCCAGCAGGCUGACAUAUCUGGAUCAACGCUUGCUUUUAAAUACUUCUUCCAAACCAUGUAUGCUUCAGCAUCUAUAGGCCAAAAUCGUAUAAAUUUAUACAUUUGUCAGGAAUGUGAUGGAGCUUACUAGGCUGCUGACUGCUGUUGAGGUUUUGGCAAUGAUCUGGAAUUGUUCAUUUUUAGACAAGCCUCUAUCUCUCAGCCUUGACUGCCUUUCUCCUAUAUUGCGAUAAAAGGAUGAUAAUAGUGACACAAUUUACAGGAGUGUUGUAAACAUUGCUAGGAUAAUGUACAUUAAGGGCUUGAAUGCUAUGGACAGGUUCCAGAGCUGCAAAUUAUUGUAUAUUACAUUCUUUGUUUCAGUUUGAAUUUGAGAAAGAAUUGUUAUAAUAAAAUUAUUCACAAGGAAUGAAUGUCACAAGGAACACCUUGUUCAUGGCAAGAAGGUUAUUGACAAGCAAAAUAGUUAAAAUACUUUGCUGUAAGUUUGAGGCAGGUUUUGAUUUAGGCAUCUGGCUGCAGCUUCCCCACUGUGCUUCCUUGACAGAGGCUGGACUUAGGAUCCAUAGGAUUUCUUCUAGCUCUGCAGUUCUAAGAUGAUGACAAUGAAGAUGAGAAUUAUUUUAUACAUCUAGUUAGUGUCUUUUCAAAAUAACAAUAGAAUAUUCUCUCUGAAGGUAAAUUGCAAAUAUUACAGUGUUAUACUGCACCUGAAUUUUGUCUGAAAUGGAGAACUUGAAUAAUCUGUCAAAUACAGGGUGUAAUGUUCAUCUACCCAUAGUCACCAUGUACAUGAUAUAUAAUAUACAAUAUGCUGGCAGAACACAAUACAGUGGUGCUUCGCUUGACGAUGAUAAUCCGUUCCGCUGAAAUCGCUGUUAAGCGAAAUCGUUG